AUGGCCGAAGACAUGGUCUCUUUUUUCUCGGUACCUCAUGAUACUAAUCCUCAGAGCUUGGCUCGAUACUUCGCCAACCAAGAAUCGUCCAAUUCAAAAAUAGACCCGGCAGCUUGCCAUGGUGCGGUAGCUGAACAUGCAGACGCAGGCGGCGCCACACCGACUUGUCUAUCUUCUCGACACGCUGAUCGACUCUGCUCCCAUCUGACCUCUGACCAUAACCUAUGGUUUCUGUGUAGCAUGCUUAAUUGGCAAAACUAUCAGGGUUCCUCUUAUGGCAGUAACGGAAGUGGCCUUCUGGUUGACAUGCCGAAUGGGAUUGUUGAUGCUGUGCGCGACUGCGUCAACUCGGACGGCGAACCACGGUUGAUCGCAUACGCUCAGCUUCAGCGCCUAGCAACUGAAUUAGUUAAUUCUAAUCCUAUGCCCUUUGGAUGA